GCCAGCUGCGACCACAGAGUAAAACCGUCUGCUCCACUUUUUUAAUGGCAUUUCCGCUUUAACCCCUUUAUCUGAAGCCAGAGAGCCAGUCGGCUGACGGAGCAGAGGACUUCUGUGCGAAGCUGAGCGACAGCAUUUAUUUUGAAAGUUGGAUUACGGCGGAGCCGCCUGAGCUGAGGGGAAAUAUCCUGCGCCAGAUGCGGCUCAGAAGAUGAGCAGCGCUGAAGUCCAGAUUGGGGAAAUAAGCGGGAUCCAGCGCUGUAGGCGGCAGUGUGGCGAGCGUAGAUAAGCCCCCCUAUGAGGUGAAAAGCCUUCCCUGUCCUGCAGUAUCCCCACCCAGCACCAACAGCAGGAAUAAGGGAUGUCACGACUGUUCCUCCUUUUGGCAAUGCUCAUUGUCUGCUGCAGCAUCCAGGUGUCCCCUGCUGCUACUCUGGAUAAGCUGAAGGAGAGUUGGAAGUUGUACAUGAUGGAGUGUGAUCACAACAACAGCCGAGAAUCACCAAGCACCGGCCUUGUGUGCAACAGGACUUUUGACAAUUAUGCCUGUUGGCCUGAUGGACUCCCCAACACCACUGUCAGCGUGUCGUGUCCGUGGUAUCUGCCGUGGCACCAUAAAGUUCAACACGGCAUGGUCUAUCAGGAAUGUGAUGCAAACGGCCAGUGGGUGACUUUGAAGAAUACCAGCGAGUGUGACUCCAAUGAUCUAAGUCAGCAGUACUACAGCCACAUUUGGAUCAUGUACACAGUGGGCUAUUCCUUAUCGCUGGUGGCGUUGGUGUUGGCGCUUGGCAUUCUCAUAUUCUUCAGAAAACUGCACUGCAUGAGGAACAACAUCCACAUGAAUCUGUUCGCCUCCUUCAUCCUGCGAGCGCUCUCCAUCUUUAUCAAAGACGCCCUGUUGGAGGCUACCAACAUCACAUCGCAGGACCUCAGCAGAAACCAGGAGCAAGGGUUCCCCCGAGCAUCUAUGCUUCCAGUGGAGCUCCUGGUCAACAAUGAGACGAUGGUCAACUGUCGCAUCGCCGUGGUGAUGAUGCAGUACAGCAUCAUGGCCAACAGCUACUGGCUGCUGGUGGAAGGCAUCUACCUCCACAACCUCCUGGUCAUCACUGUGUUUACAGAGAGGAACUACUUCAAAAUCUACCUCUGCAUUGGCUGGGGUACCCCGUUGAUAUUCCUCGUGCCCUGGGUGGUGGCUAAAUACCUUUAUGAAAAUCAAGAGUGCUGGAUGCUAAAUAUAAACAUGAAUUACUGGUGGAUCAUCCGUUCUCCCAUAUUGCUGGCAGUUGUGAUCAACUUCCUCAUCUUCAUCCAUAUCAUCAAAAUUCUCGUGUCAAAACUUCGAGCACAUCAAAUGAGAUACACAGAUUACAAAUUCAGGUUGGCUAAGUCGACCCUGACCCUGAUCCCUCUGCUGGGUAUCCACCAAGUGGUCUUUAUCUUUGUGACAGACGAGUCCACCAACACCACCAGCGGCCUGCGUGUCACCAAACUCUUCAUCGACCUCUUCUUCUCCUCCUUCCAGGGUCUCUUGGUGGCCAUCUUGUACUGCUUUGUCAACAAAGAAGUGCAGUCCGAGAUCCUGAAAAAGUGGAAGCGCUGGAAGCUAGGGAGGAACAUCGAGGAGGAGUACCGCCACACCUACAGCAACACGCCCAACUCGAAGACUGGCAGUCUGUUGAACCACGUCCCCCGGCUGCCUCAUCUCCCAGACAUCGCCAAAACCUCUGCCCCGGUCUGCACCCCGGAGGAGAGGCACAUGCUUGUGGCUGGAUGCCACAACGGCAUGGCCCACGGCAAGGAGGCAGACCAGUGCGCCUCCCCGCUGCACAAGGGAACCAUCAGCAACUGCACCCUCGUGGAGGACAUCAGCCUUAUGGACAAGAUGCAGUGUUACGAGGGUCAGACAGAGAGCGUGGAGAGCCACCUGUGAGAGGGGCUGGAAAUAAGAACGUGAUGAAGAAAGUUGGAGGGCCUUGAGCUCCCAUCUGGCUCUGACAUACUGCCCUGGGUGGCUGUGAAGAGCUGGGCUGAUAGAGUCAUCUGUCAGGGCGGUCUUUCCCCAGAGAUCACUGUCACUGGGUGACCGAGCAGCACUCAGCCCUCUCCACAGCCAGAUAACGAGCACGGCAGACAUCCACACUGAGACGUGUAAUGCGCUGUGAGCCUCACGAAUGGAUUUCUGUAGAUUUGUGUAAGAUACUGAAAGAAACCGAUGCAUGUUGAACAAUGCAAAUACAGCAUCCGGAGGCACAUAAGCCAUAUAGAAUAAUACGAAGAAAAACCCUGAAACCUCAAAUAGCAACAACGGAAACAAAACAGCAACCAGACACAGGGUCUUUGCUUGAGCCUCUGCAUUAAUUUGUGACGUGCAUCAAAUGUGUGUUUUGUGGUACUGGAGCGUAAAGACAAACUGGACAUUGAACUGUAGAAAAAAAACACCAAUCAAGAUGGUUGCGAAUGGAGGAAAAUGUUUUGUUUUGUUUUUUUUUUG